UUUUUAGCUUGGGCUCAGUGAUUCCAUGUUUCUAUUCCUUAAUAAUAAGUGUCAAAAGUGUUCUUAUUUGAUAAUAAACACAAAAAGAUCUAAAUUAUAACACAAUAUAAACUAUAAAGUAAAUAACUAUUUUAUAAAGUAUUAAAAAUUUAAUUUCGUCGCAGUGAUCAAAGCAAAACUUACACCUAAAUGGCUGUCGAAGAUAAAAAGUUGGCCUUAAAAAGACAAUUUUUGAGAUAUAUUCAUCCAUCGAAAUCUAUCACCAAUGCUUUGGAUCAAAAAGAAUGUUGGAUAGAACAAAUGAAGUAUUUAGUUCAAGACUUCAAAACUCUUCUAAAUUUAUCAUUUAAAGAAUUUUGGUCUACAGUUGUUUUUAAUAAACAAGCUACUAUGGGAUUAUGUACAUUUCUUCAAGAAGCUGCUCCUCCUCACUUAAUGGAUCAACUUCCACAAGAUAAUGAUAUUUUGAUCGUUUACAAUGAAAUUGAUUAUUUUGCAUUUAAAUUAUUUAAACGGCUAACUACAUCCUCUGAAAAUGAAGAGAAUUAUAUGUCGCCUCAUUAUAUGUGGAGCUUGUUAUGUAAUAAUAAUAUUAUAAGUAUUCCCAUGCUGUUUGAUGUAUGUUCCAUUUAUGGCCAAUUUUAUAAAAAAGAGUUAGAAAUAAUUUUCAAAGAAUUGUUUACUUGUCAAAAAUUAUACAAAGAAAAUUUAAAAAACUCUAUUCAAUUUACAAUUAAAUGUUUAAGUCAGUUUCAAGAUAAAAUUGAAUUAGAAAUUGAGUAUGAUAAUCACAGAUAUCAAAGUAAUGAAACUUCUACUGAUAUAGAAGAAAUAAAUCUUUGUAUGAUUGAAGAUAUUAUUAAUUUUUUAUUAGACACAUCAUAUAGUAUUUCAAAUUUCUUGGAAAUUUAUCCAAUAGCCUCUAGUUUUUUCUAUCAAGAAAAAUUGCAUUUUAAAAUAGCUUCCUUUUAUCAUACUAUAAAACCAAUAAUUUAUAAGAAAGUAAUUGGUAUGAAUAAAUUGGAAAAAUUUCAAGAAAAGCUACAUGCAUCAAGAUUAUUACUUGUGAAGUGUGUUCGACAAUGUUUACUUCAUAUAUCUAUCCAACCUACAAAUAAAUCAGAGAAUGCAGUUGAAGAAUAUUUAGAAGUUAUUAGUGAGCUAUUAACAUACAAUGAAUUUGUCAAUGACUAUAAUGUUGUAUAUGAUUUAACUAAAGAUAUAAAAAAAUGUCAAAAAUUUAACAAAGAAAUAGAUUCAACGAGAUUUGAUUAUUUACUAAAAUCUUUAGAAUUAAUUAAUAAACCAAAUACUGAAUUUGAACAAAAAGAAUUAGAAGAACAACAGUUAGAGUUACAAUCCAGUAGUACAAAUAUAGAAAAUGCAAAAUUGCAGUCUUUAAUUAACAACGUUAAAGAUUUAUUGCCCCAUCUAGGAGAUGGAUUUAUCCAGAAAUGUUUAGAAUAUUAUGAUAUGGAUUCUGAAAAAGUUAUAAAUAUGGUCUUGGAAAAUAGUCUUCCAUCAGAACUUACUCAAUACGAUUUAAAUCUUCCUUUGAUGUCAGAGUAUGAAGAUAAUGCUACUGGUUAUGAUCCUUCAAUUAAAGGAAAUAAGAAACUUAAAAAACUUAAGGCAGUCUUAGAUGAUAAAUCUUUCCGAAAUGAAAUGCGACCAUUUUACGAAAAAUAUAAUGUCACUGAAAUUACAUGUGCUGAAUUAGAGUCAUAUUAUAAUGAUGAAUAUGAUGACACAUAUGAUGAAGUUGAAUAUGUCAUACCAGAACCAGCAGAUGAAAAUGAAAAAAGAAGACCAGAUGUUGUACCAAGGGUUUUAAUAGAGAAAAAAGCUGUAACUGAAAUUGUAGAAGAAGAAUUUUCAGAUGAUGAACCGCAGCAAGUAUUGAAUUUUCAACCAUUCUGUGAAAAUCCUGAAGAAGUUCGAGAACGACAAGCUAGGAGAUAUGCUGCAAAGCAAUCUAAUAGAUCCAAUCGAAGUAAACAACAAGUAGCUUCUUCGUCAACUAUUCCAUCUGGGUCCAAUGUUGAGUUGGACAGACAGAGGAAAAAUGAGAACAAAGCAUUCCGUGGGAACCAUAACAGAAGAAAUGCUGCAAGAAAUAAACAACAAAGAGGAAUGUUUUGAUACUUUUUAUUUCUUCUAUAUCCAUAUAAAAAUACUAAUACUUAUAAA